AUGUUACCUGGCUACCGUGCUGCCACCUUUUCCACCAGAGCCGUCCAGUUCCAGCGCUCUUCGCACGCGUUCCUGCGCCCCUCAACCCCGGCCUUACCCCGCCAUCCUUUCUCCAGAGCCAUGUCGGCCACCACGGCUCGUCCCGACCCUUUUCGACCGGCGGCGAGAGUCGCCGGCCAGAGACAAGAUGUCUGGUCCAUUGUCAAUGAAGCCGCCGCUGCCUCCCCCGUCCAGCCCAUUGUGAACAUGGGACAGGGUUUCUUUGGCUACAACCCGCCGAAGUUUGCCUUGGACGCCGCCAAGGAGGCCCUGGACCGUGUCGACUGCAACCAGUACUCCCCGACUAAGGGACGUCCGCGUCUCAAGCAGGCUCUUGCCGAGGCCUACUCUCCCUCCUUCGGCCGGACCCUCAACCCGGAGACCGAAGUCACCAUCACCACCGGUGCCAACGAAGGUAUGCUGAGCGCAUUCAUGGGUUUCAUCGAGCCCGGCGAUGAGGUGAUCAUCUUCGAGCCCUUCUUCGACCAGUACAUCAGCAACAUCGAGAUGCCCGGUGGUGUCAUCCGCUAUGUCCCUCUUCACCCUCCCAAGGACGGCGCGACGAGGACCUCCCCCGCUUCCGAGUGGACGAUAGACUUUGAGGAGCUGGAGAACACCAUCAACGACAAGACCAAGAUGAUCGUUCUGAACUCCCCCCAUAACCCCGUUGGCAAGGUCUUCUCGCGUGCUGAGCUCGAGCGCAUCGGAGAACUCUGUGUGAAGCACAACCUUAUCAUCCUUUCCGAUGAGGUCUAUGACCGCCUUUACUACGUCCCUUUCACCAGAAUCGCUACCCUGUCGCCCGAGCUCUAUGAGCGCACCCUCACCGUCGGCUCCGCGGGCAAGGCCUUCUACGCCACUGGCUGGCGUGUCGGAUACCUGAUCGGCCCUGAGCAUCUGAUCAAGUACGUGGCCGGUGCGCACACUCGGAUCUGCUACAGCAGUGUGUCUCCUCUCCAGGAAGCGGCCGCUGUUGCCUUUGAGCAGGCCGACAAAGUUGGUUUCUGGGACGAGAGCCGGAACGAGAUGAAGAAGAAGAUGGAGCGUUUCUGCGAAGUCUUCGACGAGCUCAACAUUCCGUACUCGGACCCCGAGGGAGGCUACUUCGUCCUCGCCAACAUGUCUUCCGUGAAGCUCCCCGAGGGCUACCCAUUCCCUCCCCACGUUGCCAGCCGCCCUCGCGAUUUCAAGCUGUGCUGGUUCCUGAUCCAUGAGGUCGGCGUGGCAGCCAUUCCUCCUACCGAAUUCUACACCGACGCGAACGCCCACAUUGCGGAGAAUUAUCUCCGUUUUGCCGUCUGCAAGAAUGACGAUGUGCUGGAGACUGCGAAGGAGAGGCUCCGCGGCCUGAAGAAGUACAUUGCGUGA